AAGAAUCAAGAUUUAAUUGAUCAUUUCCAUAGCUUCCCAAAUUGAAGUUCUUGAUUAUUGAUACCCAUUACCCAACACCAGCUUCUAUUCAGUAACUAAGACCAUAUAUGGCUUCCUUCAUUCCAUCUUCUUGCAGCUUCAGCCAUCUCUGCAGGCUCAAGGAACUCAAGCAUCCCCAAGUGAAAUCUCAAAGCUUUAAGGAUGAUGGAACAUCUGCAAAUAUUGUGGAUGCAAACAUGGGUGUUCUAAGAGAGAGAGUAGCAGAAAUGAGGACAAAGGAGAGAUUGGAGAAAUGUUGCAGGCUCCAAAAUGGGUGGAACUAUGGAUCUGCUUAUGUUCAAAAGCACCAGAGAUAUGAUAAGUUGUCUGAGUGUUUAGAGGCUGUGUUUUUAGCUGGUGGUGCACUUGGUUUUGUCUUUCUUUCUGGUUCUCUUUGCUUAUGCCUUGUUUCUCUUCUUGUUCAUUUCAAGUUCUAAUUUUCGGUUUAAAAAAGAUCUGCAUAUCUGCUUUUAGAUUGAACAAACUUUAGAACACAUAUCCUUCGUUUCUAAUAAAAUAUCUCGAGUCGAAUUGUAAUCGAAUAUAAAUAUUCAAAAUUUAACAAAAUAUAAUUAUUUACUAUAUAAAAGUGAAACUAUAGCUAUG